AUGCCGAUCUCAGGCUCUCACUCGCAGUCCUCCCCGCAGCUUCAGAGGGCCCCUCCGCCGUGGUGGACAUCCUGCCUGACAACUAGUGUUGCAAAUGCAGGAGUGUUCGAAACAGUGACAAGUGAGAAGGAGGAACAGAAAUCUUCAGAAGAUGUCUUCAGUUUACUCAAGUAUGAGGCAGUCAAGGACCUUUGGGCAACAAAAGAAGAGGAAAAACUUACCGCAGAGGAAAGGAGGAAACUGGAAAGAAAAUUAAAAAAAGAGCGCAAGAAGAAGGAAAAACAGCUGAUGAGGGAAGCUGGAAUCCCCACGAAAAAGGUGGAGCCCCAAAAGCAGUCGGGAUCUGAGCGGGCUCUGGCCUAUUUAACCAGCUGGUCGGAAAACCGAGAAGAAUGGAAGUUUCAAAAGACAAGACAAACCUGGCUUCUCUUGCACAUGUAUGAUAAAGAGAAGGUUCCAGAUAAGUAUUUCACUAUUUUACUGGAUUAUCUGCAAGGGCUUCAAGGCGGUGCGCGAGACAUAACUGUGCAGAAAGCUGAAGCUUUUAUGAAGGAAUUCGAUGGUUCCGAUGCAGAAGACCCAAACUUGUUGGAGAAGUGCGAGCGCAUACGACAAGUUCUGCAACUGCUGUCCUGAGAGUAUUUUUGUGUCUUGAUGGUUGUCUGGUGUGGAGAAGGAUAGCAUGUCAUAUACAGAGACUCUAAAUUAGUCGUAAAGACAUUUUCUAAUAAGAAUCUUAAUACUAAAUUUUCAGGUUUUGUACUCAUUUUUUUCCAAUUGCAAAUAUUUACCAUGUUUUGAGGUGAUGAAAUAAAAAUAAUAUUUGGUCCAUAGACAUGCUUUUAAAGGUAAUCUUACUUCAUAUCUUCAGAAAAAUAAACCUCUCUUAUUAGUUUUUCUCCACCUCCCUCUGUAAUUACUGUUAAAUAAGAGGAGCUUUGCAGUUCUUAAGAAGAGCAAAAGAACCAACAAAAUGCCUGGAGGGUCUUUUACAAUGGCAGCUUUUAAAAUGAGCAUACAGUAUAGUGCUUGCUCAGCCAGCUGUAAUCUAUCACUUUCAGCUUUAGAAGUAUGUCAUUUGGAUUUGGGAAAGAUCAUUUUCAGUCUGUUGAACACGAGUUGUAUAACGCAGUUGCUUAUUAGUACUUCACACGGUGAUCUGGAGAUACUAUCAGCUGUGUUAGUUUUCCUUUUAUAUUUAAAGUUCUCAAAUGCAUUAUGGCAAUUGUUUAGAUAUUCAGAUAAUGCACAGAUGGAAACAGAUCAAAUCCUUUGACUAUAUGUAGUGUAAUCAUCUGACUGUACCUAAACUUACCCUACGAUGGGAAAUGCUGUGCUGUAACAUUUUGUAUCUAGCCUGCCAAUGUUGCAUUUUCAUCUAUCUCUUGUAAUUGCCGCCCAAAAGUUAAUUUGUGUUCAUUCGCUUUGACGUGGGACAUUUGUCUCCAAUGAAUGUGCUGAAAAUGAGGCUUUCAAGUAAAAAAACAAGGACAUUAAUUACUCAAAAGUUGGAUGAUUGGCUUAUUUAAGAACACUUGUAUUCAGACAGUGUUCUUGACCUGAAUCUUUAAUGUUUCUGCAAACAUUGUUCAUACUUUAUUAAUAACAACUAUAUGAAAUGUGUACUGUUUGGGAAGAGUGGUUGUCUUUGGGAAUUACGGCCUUAAUUUGGAUGGGUGAAGACGGAGAGGAUCUAUGGAUACGCAGGCCUAAUUUUUCAGUAAGAAGCAUUUGAGUGCAUUUGACAGCCUUCACAGUCAUGGAUUACCACAGAUCUUUAAAAGAUGAAAUCUAUUACUAAUAACAAAUACUUUAAUGCUUUCCAACAUCUUGAAGACGAGGUUUUCAGCCAAAAAUGCUAGAGACCAGCAUGCCCUGCUCUAGCACAAUAACUGUGAUGGAGUUUAACACAACGAUGAGCAGCAUCCAGCAGUGGCCAGCCUCUCUGUUGAGCUGCUGAGGUCCUGCUCCUGUACCAUGGGGUAACAGUUGGAUGGGGGUUGCAGAGCAUUCAUGCAGUAUCAAAGCCUUUCUGAGGCCCAAAGCUAUAUAAGACUGAUCUUCCAGUGUAAAAGUUGGUGAAAAGGAUCUGUAAUAAAAAGAAGUGAUACUGA